UUUAAGGAAAAACAUCCACCCAACCAAGAAAAAUAACGAUUCGGCGAUUUUGCUGUAGUUUCAAAUGAUUAUGUUUUAUUGUGAAAGCACGACGUUCCACUUCCUGUUCUACGUACGCAGCUUGACGCAGGCAGCUAAGCUUGCAGCCAGUUGGUCCAGGCGCUCGUGAGAGCAGUUCUGCGCGUGCUGCUGAAGCUGGCUGCGGCAUAUAAAAGGCGUUCAGCGGUCACUGUCACGGCGCUCAGCAGUCAAGCGGUCUCAAACAGAARCGUUGCGGUUUUUUAUUUUCAAUUAAAAGCAAAUAUUUCCGCAAACAUUUCAGUCCUCGUCUCACCUACACCACCGGCGUCUGUGUCCCGUCACAAGCCGGGGCAGGGAGGGGGGUCCAGCGCAGGGCAAGACAGCGAAGACCGACCAGCAUGGACCCCCAAGCGACGGACCGCGCUAGUCCGGCUGAGGUGGGGGGAUUCGGCGGUCGCCCGGCCUCUCUGGGAGCCGACGGGGGCGACUCGGAGUCCGGAGCGGGCUCGGAGGAGGCUUCCAUGGGCUGCAGCGACACGUUCAGCAGCUUACCCGACAUGGAGCAGGAGUCUCUGGAGGAGAAACUAAGGGGACUGGCGUUCAGAAAGCAGACCUCGUAUCGGAAAGCGAUCUCCCGUUCAGGYCUCCAUUACCUCGGCCCACCCCAGCCGACACUUCCUCCAGCAUCCAACGGCCCCAACAAGGAGCUACGCGCCUGCGUGGACUGGACGGAGAACGCAGUGAACGGUGAUCACCUGUGGAUGGAGACGAGUUGUUCCGGAGAGCUGUGUUACCUCGGAGARGACGCCUGCCUCCUGAAGAUUGCAAAGUCGGCCCCCAGGAAGAAGUGUGCAGCCUGUAAGAUCGUGGUUCACACCGGCUGCAUGGAGCAGCUAGAAAAGAUUAACUUCAGAUGUAAGCCGACCUUCAGAGAGGGGGGAUCCCGAUGCCUCAGAGACAACGUACUGAGACACCACUGGGUUCACAGGCGAAGGCAGGAGGGGAAAUGUAAACAGUGUGGAAAGAGUUUUCAGCAGAAGUUCUUCCACAGUAAAGAAAUCAUCGCCAUCAGCUGUUCUUGGUGUAAACAGGCUUUCCACAACAAGGUGACGUGUUUCAUGCUGCAUCAGAUCGAGGAGUCGUGUUCGCUGGGGGCUCACGCCGGAGUCAUAGUCCCGCCCUCCUGGAUCAUCAAAGUUAGGAAACCACAGAGCUCUCUGAAGAACUCCGCCCGMAGGAAAAAGAGAACAUCUUUCAAACGAAGGACGAGCAAGAAAGGACUGGAUGACUCCAGAUGGCGUCCGUUCAUUCUGAAGCCCCUCCCUUCGCCUUUGAUGAAGCCUGUCUUGGUUUUCGUUAAUCCYAAGAGUGGGGGCAACCAGCUGCCUUCUCAGAUUUCCUCCAGAGAAGCUCCAGGGAUUUGUCCAAGCACGUCAGAGUGGUGUGUGAUGGCGCAGAUCUAACACCGAAGAUCCAGGAGCUGAAGUUUCAGUGCAUCGUGUUUCUGAACAUUCCCAGGUACUGUGCGGGCACCAUGCCGUGGGGAAACACCGGCGACCACCGCGACUUCGAGCCGCAGCGCCACGACGACGGCUGCAUCGAGGUGAUCGGCUUCACGAUGGCGUCGCUGGCUGCGCUGCAGGUYGGAGGUCACGGAGAGAGACUUCACCAGUGUAGAGAAGUGGUCCUCACYACCUUCAAAACCGUACCUGUCCAGGUGGACGGCGAGCCGUGCCGCCUGGCUCCAUCCACUCUGCGCAUCUCCCUUCGAAACCAGGCCAACAUGGUCCAGAAGAGCAAGAGACGCACCUCGGUGCCCCUGCUCAACGAUAUUCAGAAGGUGUGUGCAGCUGAUCUGCGCCGCCUCUCUGCUCCCCCCGACUCCUUCUCUGUCCCCCACGCCGUCCCGGACCGCUUGCGCCUCCGAGUGAAUCGGAUCAGCCUGCAGGAGUACGACAGGCUGCAGUACGACAAAGAGCGCCUGCGGGACAUCUCAAUCCCAGUAGGCAUCGUGGUGGUGAGGGGAGACUGUGACCUGGAGACCUGCAGACUUUAUAUUGACAGGCUGCAAGAGGAUAUACACCAGGCGCCCUCUACUGGCCACAGAGUGCACUAUCAGGAUGAAAGCCGAGGCGUCCCCAUGUCCAGUUCAACCAGCAGACUGUCUCCUCACUGGAGCUUCCUGGAUU